CUGACCUGAGCAUGGAGAUCCGUCAGUGCCACUAUACAAGUACAAUAACAGGACAGCGAUUCCGGGCCAUGGCAACUUCACUACACAUUGGCGAUAAGGCAGACCACCCAGCUAUCUCGCGAGCAGAAAGGGGUAGGUCGAGGUCUCAAGCUGCGGUUCCUUCGUACCGUCCCCCGCAGAUCAGGAAGAAUCAGCCCACCUCAAGGAUCUGAAACAGACAUACAGUCUCACGCGUCCUUUCGAGCGAGAAUGGUGCUCUCCGUGGUCGUGGCGCUCAUAACAUGCCCGGCAAUGCUGGCGACGGCGGAGGCGAUUCGCCAGGGCCAGUCAAAGGAUAGGCGAGAAGAACACCGCGCCCGGCGGUGCAACCUGGUCGCGACAUGCGUGAAGGCAUCAAGCAGAAGUCAAGAGAUCGAUGGUCGACGCAUCAUUUUGCGGGAUCAGAAACUCUACGUCGACAAGCUAGUCACAAAAUCGAAGGGUCUUGGUAGUGACGAUGAUCACGAUCAUGAUGACGACGAAGAAGAUACAGAGCAGACAUGCCUCGGGCAUCCGUUUGCGGGGUAUUUCCUCCCGUAUCCCGACACAAAGUACGAAGGCGUCGUCUCGACAAUCUCCGAUAUCCCGCCUAUAUUGAACUGGAUCUACGUCGACAGGGACACCUACGAAGUCAAAUACGGCCUCCGGGUAGAUGCCCAGCCCCAUGUAACAGGGCCGUGGAAUUGUACUAGGCAAGACCGCCGGAUGACCCUCGAGGGGUGGGAAGGCUUUGUGGUCGUGGAAGAAGAGCCUGGACUGUGGGCUCUCUAUUUUGAUCGUGAUGAUGAUGGCCUGCGAGCAAAGAUCCCCCAGGGAACUAGGGUAUUGGAGGUUGAAUUGUGGAGGAGGGAGAAGAGAUGGAAAAGAGACCCGGUUCUGCGGCAACAGGAGCAAGCAAAACAAACCACCUGAGGUAGCGGGUAGACGUACAGAGGUAGUCUCGUGUACACAGAGUGGGCUUUGGAUCUUGAUUGUCUAUCCCAGGCUCCCAAAACUGCAUAGACCGCCACUUGGAGUACAUAGUCGUAAAGAUGGUUCAAAUUGAUCUGAAGCG